CUGUUCCUCCUCCUUCAAAGAAACCGACCUGCCUGAUCUCUGUCUUUUCCUAACGCCCUCUUAAACCCUAACUUUUUCAUCCUCCGGUGAUAUUCUAAUCCAAUCAGAUUUUAACAUUCAAUCCAAAUCGAGACCGGAGAUAUCAGCCUGAUAUACAAACGCCGGAAGGUGCAUGCGUGUCUUGAUUUAGCUCUGUCUUCUCUGUUCUCACAUCUCAAUCGCCAAAAACCAGAAAUCUAGGGUUUGAACCAUCUGUGCCUGUUUCGAUGGCCAACGGUGCGGAUCCGGAGGGGUUCGUGGUGCGUUCUACUGUUCGAACGGGCUUAAAGAGGGAGUUCGCAUUCGCUUUGAAGGCCCAGUCUGAGAUCUCCGGGUUAUUGGGGCGUACUCGAGCUAGGCGGGUUCAGAACGGGUCACCAGGAGGUGGGUUCUAUCAGAAUACCACCGGCAUCAACAACAAGCGCUUAAAGACCGAUGGCUCCGAAGACAGGGCCGCAGAAGUUCUGGAGGGGAAUGAGACUGUCGAAGCUGUGAGUGAAGAGGAGGCCAAAAGCGACGUGUUUGAUCCUGAUAAAACUAAUUUGGUUGAAUCCCCAAAUAAUGAUGUGGAGGAAGAGGUUCCUGCUAAGGGAUUGGUGACGGAAGCGGAUUUGAAAGAGGGUGAUAAAGCAAUGGAGUUGGACGAGAGCGAGAAGGAGAGGGAGAUGAAUACAGACGUGCCAAAGGCAUUAGUCAAAUCGGAGAGGGAGAUGAAUAAAGACGCGCCAAAGGCAUUAGUCAAAUCAGAUGCACAGGAGGAGGAAUGGCGAAAGUGUUCAUUGCCAAAGUUGGUCGAUAACAAAAAUGAUGGAGACUUAGAAAGGAAGAAUGGCGAGGAUUUGAAGGAUGGAGCUUGUUGGUCUGCACGGAAGUUGGUGGUUAGCGAUGAUGAUAGAAAGGUGGAGGACGUGCUAGCUAAUGGGGAUUUGAGGAAAUAUGAAGGGGAUUCUCGAUAUGAAGAAGUGUCUAGUAAAUCGUUACUGAUUUCAGUUGAAGAUACUGUUAGGAAGGAAGAUGAUAUACUGUUGACAGGGGAUUUGAAGAAACAAGGAAAGAAUUCUGAACAAAACCAGGAAGGGGUUCGUGGCCUGUGGAUUGACUCGGUAAAAACUUAUAGCAAAGUUGAUAGUACUUUGUCGCUGGACGAUCCUUUGAGAAGAUUUACACGGUCUGCAUUGAAAGGUAAGGCAGUGAUGCCUGUGGUGACUAAAUCCGUGGGAAAAUGUGGUGUGGGAGAGAGUAAUGGGAACCUAAUUACGGGUGGCAAUACUGUUGGUGGACGGUCGGUUGGUAAUCCUAUGAGUUCGUCGAAGAAUUCUGUUUGGAAGAAGUUCCCUGCCAAGUUAAAGGAACUUCUUGAUUCGGGUAUACUGGAGGGGGUGAAAGUGACGUAUAUCCGAGGUCCAAAGGUAAGAGGACAAGGAGAAACUGGGCUUCAAGGAGAGGUCAGGGGCUCUGGGAUAUUAUGCUUUUGCAAUAGAUGCCGAGGGAAUGAAGUUUGUACACCAACUGUUUUUGAGCUGCAUGCUGGCAGCGCAAACAAACGUCCACCAGAAUAUAUAUACCUGGAGAAUGGGAAUACACUUCGGGAUGUCAUGAAUGCAUGCAAAGAUGCCUCCCUGCAGAUGUUGGGGGAAGCAAUCAGAAACGUUGUUGAUUGUCCAUCCAUAAAGAAAUCGACAUUCUGUCUGAAUUGCAGAGGGUCUCUUUCUGAAGCUGGCUCUGGAAAAUCAGUCAUACUUUGUGAUUCAUGUGCCGGGAUAAUAGACUCUCAAUCUAGCUUGGUGCAAACAGCUGAUACUAGUCAUGGGGAAGGACACCAAACAGCUGAUAGUGGUCAUGGGGAUGGACACCAAACAGCGGAUACUGUUCCUGGGCAUGGACACCAAACUGCUGAUACUGGUCAUCGUGAUGGACACCAAACAAACGAUACUGGUCAUGGAACUACAAAGCAAGACCCAGCUCCGAAUUCAUUUGAGAGGGUGCUAAAGUCCAGUUCCUCACAAAAUAAAAGUCAAGGAAGAGUAACUAGAAAGGAUCUGCGGUUGCAUAAGUUGGUUUUUGAAGAAGAUGUAUUACCAGAUGGAACUGAAGUAGCAUAUUAUGCUCGUGGGAAGAAAUUGCUGGUUGGUUAUAAGAAUGGAUUUGGAAUUAUUUGCACAUGCUGCAAUAGUGAGGUCAGUCCCUCAACAUUUGAAGCACAUGCUGGCUGGGCAUCUCGACGCAAACCUUAUUUACACAUUUACACUUCUAACGGUGUAUCGCUCCAUGAAUUGUCAAUAUCUCUAUCAAAAGAUCGGAGGUUUUCUUCAAAUGAUAAUGACGACCUUUGCCAUUACUGCUACGAUGGAGGGGACUUGUUGUGUUGUGAUGGAUGUCCAAGGGCUUUUCACCCACAUUGUCUUUUUCUGUCAGUGUCAGAAAUCCCUUGUGGCACCUGGUACUGCAAAUUCUGUAAGAAUAUGUUCCAGAAGGAAAAAUUUGUGGAACAUAACGCUAAUGCCAUAGCAGCUGGUCGAGUUGCAGGAGUUGAUCCUAUUGAACAGAUAACCAAGCGAUGCAUUCGAAUUGUAAAAUCUCCUGAGGCUCAAUUUGGUGGAUGUGUCUUGUGCAGAAGUCACGACUUCUCCAAAAUAAAAUUUGGUCCUCGCACUGUUAUUCUUUGUGAUCAGUGUGAGAAGGAAUUUCAUGUUGGCUGUUUGAAGGAUCACAACAUGGAUGACCUUAAGGAGUUGCCAGAAGGAAAUUGGUUUUGCUGUUCAAACUGCAACAGAAUUCAUUCUGCUUUGCAGAAGUUGGUUGUUCAUGGGGAAGAAAGGCUUCCAGAACCGUCUUUAAAUGCUUUAAAGAAGAAACAUGAAGAAAACGGGUUAGAGAGUGUGGCGGACCUUGAAAUAAGUUGGAGGGUUCUCAGUGGAAAGAUGUCUGCUUCUACUGAGACUAGAGUGUUACUUAACGAGGCUAUAGAUAUCUUUCAUGAACGGUUUGACCCCAUUAUUGAUCCUUCAAUUAAGUCUGGUAACAGUACACGGGACCUCAUCCCUGCAAUGACUUAUGGAAGAAACUUCAAGGGCCAGGAACUUGGUGGAAUGUAUUGUGCUGUAUUAAUGGUCAACCAUGUUGUUGUCUCUGCUGGAAUCUUUAGGAUUUUGGGGCAGGAACUGGCAGAACUACCUUUGGUCGCUACAAGGUCCAGUAGCCAAGGACAGGGUUACUUCGGGUUGUUAUUCUCUUGCAUUGAGAAGCUUGUUGGCUUUCUCACUGUGAAGAACCUCGUGCUUCCUGCUGCAGAAGAAGCUGAAUCUAUCUGGUUAAAUAAGUUUGGUUUCAGCAAGCUAAGCCCAGAAGAGCUUUUCGAGUAUAGAAAAACUUACCAGAUGAUGAUAUUUCAAGGGACAUCCAUGCUGAGGAAACCAGUCCCAAGAUGCCGAAUUAUUGACAAAUCUAAGAAUGCUUGAAGUAUGGGUUUAUUUGGGGUUUCUUUUGUGCAGCAUUUUAAAAUGUACAGGACAUCUUUUUUUUACAGGAAGCAGGCAUGAUAGCUGAAAAUUUCAGCCUGUUAUAAUUUACCCGUCGUUUCAGUAAAAUACAAAGAGCAAGCAAAGCAGGAGGUUUUUGA